AUGGCUAGUGAGUUUUUCGCGAGGAAGUUAAAUCUAGAGCUAGCUUUGAACCCGCUUUUCCAUGGCCCACACGAGGAGUUAAGGGAGGAAACUCCCCCACCAAGGGAGGUCAAGGUCACUAUAAAAAAGGAUUUUACACAGAGAAAUUAUGGCAGCCAUAGCACCAGGAGUCAGUGGAAACUCAGCACCGAAAGUAAUAUAAACAGUUUUGAAUUUAAGCAUCGAAACCCAAAAGGUGUAUACGACUUUCUUAAAGUAAAAAUAGAACGCGAGAAUGCCAGGAGUAAACGUGCUAAAAUUAAAAAAUCCACAGGCAAAGUUAAAAAGGUGGACGAGACAGAAAACGGAAAUGGUGUUGAAAAGGAAGCACGUGAAGUCAUUGUAGAAGCAGAAUCAAAUCCUCGUGAAACUGAUAAAAAUGGUGCUGAAUCAGAAAAUAACAACGACAAACAGUCAACAACAAAUAAACUGCCAGAAACCGGAAGUGAGAAGAGUGGAGUGGUACCAGAAAUACUACAUUAUUCGGACGAGUUCACAGAGGGUCCGCUGGAGGUGUACGAACCUGUAUUUGUGCGGUUUCCUGUGUGGAAGCCAGCUAAACUUAAUCACGACUGA